AUAUAUUACCCAUAUGGUGCUUCCAACUCUCCUAGUGCAGAGAAUUCACAAGAGAGACCGUCUAGACAAGAGACGAAACGGAUGGCUACUAAAACUGCAAUUAUUGUUCCCAUUUUAUUUGGGUUCGCUUUGUCUCUCCUGUCCUCCUCCUUCUUAAGAGCUUCUGCAGCCAGAGGCCAAGGUGAAGCGGACGGCAUCUUCGGUAGGACCCUCGACCAGAAGAAGCUGUUGGGCUCAAGGAAGGAGAAGCUCAGCCACUUUAGGCUCUACUGGCACGAUGUUGCCAGCGGCAAGAACCCCACUUCUAUCUCUGUGGUUAAACCCGUCAAUGGCUCGCAGACCUUCUUCGGGGCGGUCAACAUGAUCGACAAUGCCCUAACGCUAGGCCCGGACCCGAGCUCGAAGCUGGUAGGCCGUGCCAAGGGGUUCUACGCCCAGACGGCCCAAGACCAGGUGGACCUACUGAUGGCCAUGAACUUCGCCUUUGUGGAGGGCAAAUACAAUGGCAGCUCCAUCACCGUUCUUGGCCGCAACCCCGUGUUCGAUGCUGUGAGGGAGAUGCCCGUGGUUGGCGGCAGCGGCCUCUUCCGCUUUGCCCAUGGAUACGCCCAGCUCCGAACCCACACCUUCGAUCUAAAGACCGGCGACGCCACAGUCGAUUACAAUAUUUACAGCGCGGUGUUGAUGUUUUGCGGUUUUCUCGGAAAAAUAACUAGUGUUGUAAAGCUAGACAGUAGCUACUGGGGUUACCGAUCGAGGCGUAUUAUUAUUCGUGAUAAAUUAGACGUCCUAAUUCUUGCGCAAUAUCUUUCCGGUAAACUUUACAUCAAGAAUAAUAGAGUUCCAAUCCAAUUGGAGACUUAAGUUACACUUCUUUGUCUCAUAAAAUAUACCGAUUGAUGAAUGUUGCAAUCAAAGCCUCAUCUGAGACUUAAUCGGGUUGUUCUCAAUAAUUCAAUUCGAUAUCUUUUCAGUUGGUUA